AUGUCGCGCCAGUAUUUGGGCGACGGCGCGGCGUUCCACGCGUGGACCCUCGCGAAGGCGCCGGCCGCCGGAAACCCGGCGGCGUCGGCCCUCGCGACGCGCUGGUGCCACAACGACCUCGUCGAGACCUACGUCGCCACCUUCGGCCGGGACCGCGUCCUCGUGCUCGAGAGCGAGACGCUCCGGAACCACCGCGACGGCGCGCUCGCGGAGAUCCAGGCCUUCCUCGGCGUCGACGCCGUGCCGACGCCGCUCCCCGUCAUGAACGUCUGCAAGGCGGACCGCUACGUCGGCCACUUCGAGGGCUGCUACAACGGCACGUCCAAGGUCCUCCCCGAGACGCGCGCGCUCUGGCGGCCCUUCUUCGACGCGUGCAACGCGGACCUCGAGGCCUUCCUCGGCAUCCGGCCGGGCACGCUCUUCGACGGCAAGCCCAAGGCGCUCGACGUCGGCGACGACGCCGAGCGCAAGCGGGAGAAGGAGGCGGAGCGGCAGCGCAUCGAGGAGCUCACGGAGCUCUACGCCUACACGCUCGCCAAGGCCGAGGCCGAGGGCAACGUCGACGACUGGAGCGAGCUGAAGUCGCGGAGGCCCGCGACGUGGUCCGACAGCCUCUACGAGUUCCUGGGCCUCCAGGAGAAGGACGACGUGCCCAAGCCCAAGGAGCCGACGCCCGAGGAGCUCGAGCACGAGACGGAGCGCGUCAAGCUCGCGUCGAAGCACUGGGUCAACUACGACAUCCGCGAGUCCCUCGCGCCGAGCCUCAUCUCCGAGGAGGAGUUCGACGCGGCCGUCAAGAUCGGCAACCUCAUCCGCAACUUCAACGCGCGCCGCGCGGCGGCGCGGCGGCGCAUCGGCGGCGAGGUGAAGAUCAUGGAGCGCGAGGCGACGAAGAUCAAGCGCAUCUGGCGGGGCUACCGCGGCCGGAUCGCGAUGAAGGAGGAGAAGCAGCGGAACUUCGAGGAGGAGAAGGAGUGGAAGGCCUACGAGGACUUCCGGACGACGCUGUUGAACAAGGGCUACACAUUGAGCCGCUGGAGCCACUCGAAGAAGAUCCUCGUGCCCUGCACGAUCCGCAUCGACGGGUCGCGCGAGUACCUCGUGCUCUCGCAGAACCGCUUCAAGUCGAAGCAGCGGCGCCUCAAGGACAUCCACACGAUCACGCGGGGCUACAACUCGCCCUUCCUGCGGGACCUGCUCCAGCACAAGAGCCCGGAGAAGGUGCUCUCCCUGCUCCUGCGGAACCGCGCCAAGGGCGGCAAGGAGGAGUCCAUCGACCUCAUGUUCGAGCUCCCGGGGAGCGGCGCCAAGGCCGGCGCCGACGCCUCCUUAGCCUCCGACGGCAAGUUCCUGCGCAACAAGUUCUUCGCCAACUUCACGAAGCUGCAGCACGAGCUCGAGUCUGACGACGCGUUCUUCUUCAACACCGACGGCGUCUACUGCCAGGUCGGCCGCUCCGUCUUCGACCGCUGGGAGCAGGUCACGCUCAUCGACCCGAACUGGGACAAGGAGAUCGACGAGGACGAGCGCCGCGUGCGCCUCAAGCGCAAGUACAACGAGCGCGCGCGCAAAAAGGCCGCGAAGCACGUGCCCUACCAGUACGAGCCCCACCCGCUCCCCGAGGGGUCCAAGCCCCAGGACGACAUGACCUUCGUCUACGAAGCCACCGUGGAGCCCGAGGACGCCGCGAGCGACGACGACGCCGAGGGCGACGAGGGCGAGGGGGCCAGUGGCGACGUCGACUACAAGGCGACGUGGUUCAGUGAGACCGUGUCCAUCGAGUACGGCGAGUUCCUGCGGGCGCGCGCGAAGAAGAAGAAGGGCCACGAGCACGAGGAGAUCAUCACGGCCUACGAGAAGGAGGUCUUCACGCUCCAGGCCGUCGGGAGGAGCGACCGCGACGGCCCGCCGCACCCGCUCUUCGGCCGCCACCGGCCGGGCCAGCGCAAGUUCAAGGAGAACGAGCCCAUCCCCGCGCCCCUGGAGCAGCUCAAGCCCUACUUCGAGAAGGAGCUCAAGGAGGUCUACGGCGACAUCGGCGUCGGCGGCUGGCGGAACCGCGACGACGGCAGCUUCGAGCUCGCGGAGGACGAGUGGCGCAAGCUCUGCAAGAUCUGCGACCAGGGCACGAAGGACCAGAAGACGACGGGCCGCAAGCUCGUCGCCGCCUUCAACCCGGAGCUCGACAAGCGCCGCGGGUCCAAGGGCGGCGACGACGACGACGCGCCCCGGGACAAGGGCACGGUCGACGAGGCCAAGCUCGGCAAGCUCAAGGUCGCCGUGCUCAACGUGCUCUGGAAAAAAAAGGACCAGAAGGAGGGCAAGAUGUGGCGGUCCAGCGACCGGUCCUACAACACCGCGCAGAAGAAGAAAUUGGAAACCGAGAAGAUCCUCCUCGCGCGCGAGGCCAUGGCGCGCAACGAGCAGCUCGCCCAGGAGGCCGCCGCCGCCGAGGCCAAGGAGAAGAAGCUGCUGGGGGGCAAGGAGGACGAGGACAAGGAGGAGGGCUCCGACGAGGAGCGCGAGCUCGCGGAGGCCGAGCUCGAGAAGGAGAUCGAGGAGGAGCUCCAGGAGGAGGGUUUAGGGACGGAGGUCGGCGACGGCGGCGAGGACACGAAGGAGGGCGACGACGACGACGACGACGAGGGCGACGACGACGGGGGCGCCGGCGGCGACUUCAAGGGCGCGCCGACGCCGGCGUUCGAGGUCGUCGUGUUGGAGAUCUCCAAGAAGCGCCAGCCGCCCAUCGCGCUGGGCCUCACGGUGGAGAAGGUCGACAAGCUCGCGGGGUCGCGCAUGUUCUUCCGGGGCAAGAAGGGCCGGCGCCAGGCGCCGCACUGCGCCCUCGUGUUGCUCGACGUCGACGAGGACGCGCCCGCGUCCAUCUCGAACGCGUACCAGAACGAGAUCCUGCGCGUCGGCGACUACAUCGUCGGCGUCAACGGCGUCUACCCGAAGAAGAUCGACGCGCUGAUCCAGGGCACGGAGAAGUCCCAGAAGCGCCGCGUGCUCAACAUCCUCAGGCCCAAGUCCGCGCGGGACGACGCACAGCGCCUCGUCUUCGUGCGCGACGGAGUGGAGCACGAGGCGCGCCUCGGAGCCGACGACGAGGCCGUCGUCGGCGUCGCGUCCCGGGUCCACGACCCGGAGGCGGAGCCAAAUAAUAUGCGUCGAGCAGCGCUCGUCGCGCUCGCGGCCGUCGCGUGUGCGGACCUCGGCGAGCGGCCGCUGAAGCGCGCGGAGGAGGUCGGGUUCACGGGCGGCUGGGGGUCCGUCAAGGAGGCGCGGCGCCUGGAGAUGCGCACGCAGGCCGGCUGGACCUGGUCCUUCCCCGGCGAGCCCGCGGCCUACGCGCAGCGCCAGGAGGAGCGGAAGCGGGAGAUCCUGGGCCUCGAGCACUACCAGGAGCGCCUCGACAACUGGGUCCAGUACACGCAGACCCGGUCCGUGCCCAACUUCACCAAAAACGGCUUCGACGUCGUCGACAUCGACCCGGCUCUCCACGAGCGCCUGAAGACGCGCCUCCACGCGGGCCUCGAGCGCGCGCGCAAGGAGGGCGAGGUCCAGGGCAUCUACGGCGCCAACGGGCCGACCUUCGUGAACCACGGCGAGCGCGAUUUGCUCAAAGAAUUGCUGCCGACGAUGGAAGCGUGGGUGCCGACCGUACAGGGCGGCCUGACGCCCGUGACGGCCUACGGCAUGCGCGCCUACCACCGCGGCGCGUCCCUCGCCUUCCACGCGGACCGCGUCGACACGCACAUCGUCUCCGGCAUCCUCCACGUCGACCACGCCUACGACGACGAGGCGAAGCCGUGGCCCAUCGAGAUCGAGGGCCACGACGGCCUGCGGCACAGCGUGGCCCUCAAGCCGGGCCAGAUGCUUUUGUACGAGUCGGCCAAGUGCCCCCACGGGCGGUCCAGUGCGCUCGAGGGCGACUUCUACGCGUCCGUCUUCGUCCACUUCAAGCCGAGGGACAUGGCGAGGGAUUGGCCCUACAAUCAGAAGGACAUCUGGCUCGCGGUCCCCCCGGGCUGGGACGCGAAGCCCCUGCGCAGCGACGACAACCCCGGCGAACGCUGGGCCGGCGCGUUCCUGACGACGGACAUGACGGAGGUCGCGGGCAUGCCGCCGCGCGCGGCCGUGCCCAAGGCCGCGCGCCCUUUACCCGCCAAGGUCGAGAAGGCGCGGAACAAGGGCAAGGCGCCGGCGCCGAGCCCGGCGAACCGCCAGCGGGCCCAGACCCGCAAGGCCGCGCCGGCCAUCGACCCCGCGCUCCUGAAAGCGGCGGAGGCCGCGGCCGAGGCCGCGGCCGACGACGACGCGCCGCCCCUCGCGAAACCGUCGCUCCCCAAGGUCGCGCCAAAAACGCUCGACCCCGCGCUCCUGGAGGCCGCCGAGGCCGCCGCCGAGGCCGCGUCCGACGACCCGCCGCCGGAGGAGACGCCCCGCGGGCUCCUGAGGCCCGACGAAGUCGACCCGGCGAUCCGCGCGGCGGCCGAGCACCGCCGCGGCGACUCCAAGGUCGCCGACGACCUCGACGACGCCGAGGCCGAGCUCGCGGAGACCGAGGGCGACGACGGCUCGAACCUCGAGUUCGCCGACGACGCCGGGCGCAGCGCCACGGGCCGCAAGCUCAAGGGCCGGAGCCGGCGCCGCAUCCCGUCGCGGACCGCGAAGAACAAGCGCGGCGGGCCGUCGCGCGCGCGGUCCGCCGUGGCCAAGAAGCUCGCGGAGAACAAGAAGAAGCGCCACCUCCACCGGGCCGCGCCGCAGCGGACCAAGGUCGAGCACGACGCGAACAAGCAGGCCCACCGCGACGCGGGCAAGGACGACGACGACGACGACGACGAGGACGACGACGACGACGACGACGAGCCCGAGGAAGACGACGACGACGACGACGACGAGGUCGAGACGAUCAUCGGCGGCGGCUUCGUCCUCGCGGGCCUCGGCUACUGGAUCGGCGGCAUCUCCGCGCUCAGCGCGUGCUCCAUCUUCAUCCGCCGCGCCAUCGUCACCAAGGGCCGGUCCCUCAAGGAGGUCUGCGGCGGCAAGUCCAAGAAGGACUCGGACCUCCCGACCUUCACGCCACAGAAGUGA